AUGAGGCAAGUACUGAUGUUGCCGUUUUGUGGAGAACGAUCUUCGUCUCAUCUAUGUACUGGAAUAGCUAAUCAUGAAGAGAAUAGCGCUGAAGCGUUCUCAUUAAAGAAACGCAUAGAUUGUGCACUUGCAAAGGGAAUGCUUUUGAGUGGGAAGACUGAGGGCCUCAAACUUUUCGAGCAGCUGCUUGGUCGUCUCUGCCGUGAAAAUACAGCCAGUGGCGAUCUACUUUUGGGCCAGUUGAACGAUCUCCUUGACUUUGACAGUGCCGCGAACAAUCCUGAACGUUGUCUAUUCAAAACUACGUUCUUAUGGAGGCAG